UGGAAGAUGGAUUUUCUUUAAACAGAGCCUGUCUCUCCACAAUGCUUAUUUGUUUUUAACAUUAUUUACACAUUGCCUUCUUGGGGCAGUGUACAUCUCUUUCCCACCCCGCUCUCUGCAAAGCAAGGAAGAGACUAUCAAAGCUGCUCAAGAAAACAUUAAGCACAGGCCUGUCGGCACUGAAAAUAAAAAAAAAGAAGCCACGUGGGCAUUGAGUUCCGGAGUCCUUUGCAGGAAGGGGGAAACCCAGCGGCUGAAAACAGAAGAGGUGAAAUUUGACUCUUUCUUUGGCGCGAGGGAGCCAUGGCUGUUGCUGCAGGGAGUCCCGUGCAAGAUCUCUGCGACGAAGCCACUUGCUCCAUCUGCCUGGAGUAUUUCAAGGAUCCAGUGACCACCGCAGAGUGCGGGCACAAUUUCUGCCGGUCCUGCCUGGUCCAGUGUUGUGGGGCGAGAGGCAGGCAGGCCUCCUGCCCUCAGUGCAGAAAAACAGUCCAGAAAAGGAAUCUCAUCCCAAACCGGCAACUGGCUCACCUUGUGGAAUUGAUCAAGAAGCUCAGUCUGGAAAAGGAGGAGGAGGAGGAAGGACGGAAGGGGGGAGUCUGUGAGAAGCACCAGGAGCCCCUGAACCUCUUCUGCGAGGACCAUGAAAGUCCUAUCUGUGUGGUGUGUGAUAAAUCCAAGAUGCAUGAAAAUCACAAGGUGAUUCCUCUGGAGGAGGCUUUCGAGAAAUACAAGGUAGGAUCUUAAAGUGGUGGGGAGCAGAGGGAUAGCUGUGGAUUCUUCUUCAGCAAUUUUCUUUAACUCUUUUUUAAAAAAUAUUUUUUAUUAGGGAUUUCAACAUAACAAUUUGUCAAAAACACAUCAUCCAAAAUUUUCCCCCGUUCCCCCCCCCAAAGAAAACCCCACCCUCGCACCCCACCCCCCAGACUUCCCUCAGCUCCUCUCUGGUUUCUUAGCACAUGUUAUUCUCUGCAUGUUAUAAAAUUGUAAAGAUCCUCAGUUUAUCUAUCUGUAUGUUACCAAUAAUUCUUUUUUAGUGUUUAUUCAAAACCUGCCAAGGAGUCCAGUUCCUUUUGUUGUUUCUUUAAAUACUUCGUAAAAGGUUCCCAUUCUUCUUUAAAGUCACAGUUAUCCUUGUCACGUAGUUUAUGUGUAAAUUUCGCCAAUUCCGUGUAGUCCAUCAAUUUCUCUUGCCACAGUUCUUUAGUCGGGAUUUCCUCAUUCUUCCAUCCUUGUGCUAUUAAGACUCUUGCCGCCAUUGUCACAUACAUGAUGUUUUUUAAUUUCCUUGGCAGGUCUUUUCCUACAAUCCCUAACAAGAAAGCUUCAGGCUUUUUUACAAAUGUUAAUUGGAACAUUUUCUUCAACUCAUUAUAUAUCAUUUCCCAUUUUUUUAAAAUUUUACUACAAUCCCACUACAUAUGAUAAUUUUCUUUAACUCUUAUGCCUGAAUUAUGCAUGGUAUUAAUUGCCUGAAUGCAGUUUCCAUACUUAUUGUUAAUAAUAAUAAUAAUUAGUAGUAGUAGUAGUAGUAGUAGUACCCCGUCCAUCUUCCUAGGUUGCCCCAGCCACUCUGGGCUGCUUCCAACAUAUAUAAAAACAAAAUCAAAGAAUACACCUUUAAAAGCUUCCCUAUACAGGGCAGCCUUCAGAUAUCUUCUAAGGUUACAUUAUGUAAAAAGCAGCUGAGGAGAAGCCUGAGGGCUGGCUGGGAGGAGGGAGUUUGGAUUCUCUCUUUGCUAGGGUACCAAAAGGAGCUUCCCUUGAAAUGCAAACAGCAGCUUCGGAGAUUUAUGUUGCCACAAUGGCAGGAAGAGAAAGUGCUUAAACUAGUGUUAGAAACUCAGAUAUAUAAGCUAGGCGCCAAACGGCUCCGUCAACCGGGGUCGGAGUCACCAAAACGGAAUGCCUAGUUGCCAUUUUGGGGCCAGGCAGCUCAAAAGUCGUAAUUGUCAAUAAUACUAUUUGGUUUCUGAAAUUCAUUCUGAUUUUGCAGAUAAAAUAUAAUGGAUAGAAUUCUACAGGAUGUGUUGCUAGCUAGUGUGUGAAAACCGUCAAGAUCCAAGGAUCCCCAGGCAUGUACCUCCAGACAUCAGGCGCCAUCCUGGCACCCAGGCAUCUUGGUCGCAAGUGGCCAAUAGCCAGGUGCAAAAUAGGCCUGACACCUGGCAAAUUUUGAACACUGCUCUAAACUCCACAUGUGUUUUGCUGGUUGGUAGCAGCCUUUUGGUGCAGAAACCACAGAGGUGGGGAAAUGAGAUUAGACAAAUCACAGAGCAGGAGAGAUCAGACAAAUCAGUUGUUUUACUUUGUGUCUUUUUUGCUGAUUGGCUGCAGCCGUUUCAGGAAACAAUAUGGAGAGAGGGGGAAAGAAAGCAGACAGAUCUCACAUUAGAAGUAAUUUCAUAGGAAAUAAUGGUAAGCAUACCCUCAUUAUGCGAACGCUCACCCAAUGAACGAUUUCCAGGGAUCUAAUUGUGUUUGGGAAGUGGGACCUGUGUGUACAACCUCUACACUGUUUUGUAACUUUUAUUAUUUUUGUUUAUUCUUUUGUCUGUAUUUUUUUAUUUUAUGUUAAUAAAAAUAAUAACAAUAAAAACUUCUGGAUGGCAGCAGGUUGGCAAGGACUGCUAAAAAUGCCCCCCCAUACUCAUUUUUUUAUCAAGACUUCUUCAUUUAUAAUUAUUUUUAAAAUGCAAACAUUAACUGUUGCAUUUUAUAUCUUCUCAAAAAGAAUUUAUAAAAUAGAAGUGGGGGGAGGACUACAAAGCUACAAACCAUUACGUGCAAGGCCUUCAGAAACUAGAAAUCAGCAAAAUAGUCAAUUCCUCUCUCCUCCUCUCUCUAGCUAACCUGAGUUUUUUUCUUUUCUCUUUAGGGACUGAUUUGCAGCCGCCUGGAGAUUCUGAUGAAAGAGAAAGAGAAAAUUAUGGCCUAUCAAGCAGCCCUGGACAAGGAAAGCCAAGACCUUCUUGUAAGUAUCACUAUUAUUAUUAGGCAGGGAGUGAGUACUUUAUGAAUCAAGUCAGGACUGAGUAGGGAUGGGCAAAUCUGUCCAUUUCGGUGUCUUUCCAUUUCUCAUUUUUCCACAAUAGUUUGUUUGUUAGCUUGUUGUUGUUUUUAUAUAAAAAAACAUGCUGAAAAUUAAUAAGAUUUAAGGGUGGAUUUCUCCGUAUAUAAAUAUAUAUCUUCAAUUUCCCUAUAUAUUUGCAAUUUCCCUAUAUUUAAAAUUUAAAAUUUUGCAAGACAAUCUUCCCUAAUAUCAGUGCUUUUUUUCUAAAAAAAAUAUGUUUAGGGGUACUCUCAUUUUCCUAUUCAUAUUAAAAUACUGCCCCACAAUGAGGCCAAACUUAGAUUCACAAAAUGUUUAGGGGUAUGUGUACCCCCAGAAAAAAGCACUGCCUAAUAGUAUUCAAUUCUCUCUGUUAUUUAUAUUAAUAAAUGCAUAUUUAUUCAUACUUCACACACACACCCCCAUAUAUGCAUUUCUGUAGACACUACCUGGCUGGGGUAACCUUGCAAAACUUGGAGAAGUGUGAAUUUCAGGGGAUUGCUGUGUUUUGAAUGCAAACUGAAUUGAAUUUCUUUCCCAUUUGGCAGCCCAGCUGUACAGAACAUAGAUUGCUUGAGACAGUUACUAUAAAAAUUGUUAAUGAAAUAUGUUUCUGAAUGUGCCCGCUUGUUCAUCUGUAAGAGACGCAGGCCAUAUUGAAGCUUUAAAGUAAAUUGGGGAGGUGAAUGCAGGUGGUAUUUUGGUCUAAACCACUGAGCCUCUUGGGCUUGCCAAUUGCAAGGUCAGUAGUUUGAAUCCACCCAAUGGGGGUGAGCUCCCAUUCCUCUGUCCCAGCUCCUGCCAACCUAGCAGUUCGAAAGCUUACCAGUGUCAGUAGAUAAAUGGGUACCGCUCUGGUGGGAAGGUAAACGGCGUUUCCGUGCGCUCUGGUUUCCGUCACGGUGUCCGGUUGUGCCAGAAGCGGUUUAGUCAUGCUGGCCACAUGACCCGGAAAGCUGUUUGUGGACAAAUGCCGGCUCCCUCGGCCUGAAGCAGAAAUGAGCACUGCACCCCAUAGUCAAAGGACCGUCCAGGGGUCCUUUACAUUUACUUUUACCUUAAAUAGGGGAGUGCUGGGCAUGGGCAUGCUAGCUCUGCCAGCCCCCCCUCCUCCAUUUUUGUUGUUGUCGUCUUUGUACUCGUGAAUGGCACAGGUUGGAAGUGAAGAGUAUUUUGUGCCCAUGGAGGCUCUCCGAACAUCUUAGAACCUUGAUUAUGCCAAAUAUGAAAUGAUGCAGGGAACCUCCAUGUCCAGAAAAAUGUUCCGUGCUUUAGGGCUGUUGCUUCCCACAAAAUGGAAGGCAACAGAAAUGGAGACGGCAAAUAGAAUGUGUUCAUCUCUGCCUCCCCUGCUUCUUCAGCCACUGGACGUUUAUUUCAUGUCUAUGAAAAGUCAUUGAAAGUGCACUUCCUGCGGAGAUCUCAUAAUUUCCCUCCUGAUGUCAUGAAGACUGGCCGUAUUUCAGAUUCUGGUCUCUGCUUUUCCUCCUGCUUCUUGCAGAAAUUAACAGAAACCGGGAGGCAGAAGACAGUGGAGAAGUUCAGACAACUGCAGCAGUUUCUCAAAGAACAAGAAAAACACCAUCUGGAUCAUAUAGAAGAGGUGGAGAAGGAGAUUGCAAGGAAAAGGAAUGAGCAGCUGGCCAGGCUCUCCAGGGAACUCGCCCAUCUUGAAAAGGUGGUCCAGGAAAUGGAGGAGAAGCGUCUGCAGCCAGCAAACGAACUCCUGCAGGUAAGAUGGUGGCAGGAACAGCCCAAGGACAAGUCUGCAGAAAUUUAUGUGCCUCCUUAAUUUAAGCAAGUCGUAAAAGAGCUUAGUGGAUGGAGUCUCUAGUCCAGUCUCUUAUGCACAGGUGCGCCAACAGACCUGGGAUGUUUUCCUUACCUUAAUGCAAACUAGAGAUUCUUCUGCGGAGUUGAUGGAACCAGGUGUUGUUUUUUCCUCCUUGCUAAUAGUUUGCCUCCUAAUGCCUUCCAGUUUGUCAGUGCUGUCUUCAUGCCCUGUAGUGGGCUUCCCAGAAGCUACUUUGGCCACCUCAGAGCAGGCGUCAGCAAACUUUUUCAGCAGGGGGCCAGUCCGCUGUCCCUUAGACCUUGUGGGGGGGCCGGACUAUAUUUUGAAAAAAAUAAUAAUGAACGAAUUCCUAUGCCCCACAAAUAACCCAGAGAUGCAUUUUAAAUAAAAGGACACAUUCUACUCAUGUAAAAACAUGACCCAGAGAUGCAUUUUAAAUAAAAGGACACAUUCUACUCAUGUAAAAACAUGCUGAUUCCCGGACUGUCCGCGGGCCGGAUUUAGAAGGCGAUUGGGCCGCAUCCAGCCCCCGGGCCUUAGUUUGCCUACCCAUGCCUCAGAGCUUACCAAAAGUAAAAUGAAUCAAAACAGAUGUGAGCUCCAGCAUUGAGCACACUUUUUUUGACAUCCCAAGGGGGGUGGGGAAUUCCACUGAACCCACACUUAAAGGUGAACCUGCCUCAUUUGCUCUUUAUACAUCAGUACACAAACUGAGUCACAACCUUCCAUCAACAUUUGCACUUCUAUGGACUUUCCAAGGCAGCUCUCCAGCCAGGUAAUGUGUACAAUUCAACCAGUUGCAGAAAAUUGUCUGAUUUAGCCGUUCCUACCCCAAACUGACAUCAGAGGGCCAGAGUGUUCCUCCAUUGCAGGGUCUGAGGUGUCUUCCUAGUGUGGCCUGUGGUGUGCAGUGAUUUCCAUUCUCUUUUCCCUAUAGGAUGCGAGGAGCACCUUGCAGAGGUAAGUGGAUCCUGCUCAUUUCCAUUAGCAUCGCUCCAUAAGAGUGGGAAAAGUCACAUAAGACCACUGUGGGGGAGAUAAUAGGAUUUCUACCUCUGAAAUACACAAGGAUCUGUGGGGGUUUAGGGGUCCUGGAGUUUGUUUUCUGUUGUCCCUUGCAUAGAGUCCCUUGGAAUUGCUCCUCAAACUUCUCCUGGAUACGAUCACAGGCUAUCCUGCUGAGCAGGUCAUGAAUGACCUCUUGGGAAAAUAUCUUUCUACCAUAAGGGUUUUUCAUUUUAUUGAAGUUGCAUGGAAAAUUUCAGAGACUGCCAUGAUGGGGCCUUUCAGGCAGAGGUGGUUUUCGAAUGAAGUACAGUGGUACCUCGGGUUACAUACGCUUCAGGUUACAGACUCCGCUAACCCAGAAAUAGUACCUCAGGUUAAGAACUUUGCUUCAGGAUAAGAACAGAAAUCGUUCUCCGGCGGUGCGGCAGCAGCAAGAGGCCCCAUUAGCUAAAGUGGUGCUUCAGGUUAAGAACAGUUUCAGGUUAAGAAUGGACCUCUGGAACGAAUUAAGUACUUAACCCGAGAUACCACUGUACUGCCAUUUCCCCUGCUAAUUUUUGUUUUACUUAUUUAAAUUGUAUAAUGUUGUUUUGUAUUGGCCUGGAUGGACUUUUGACCAAUAACUUGGUUUGCUUGUACAUCUGUGGAAGGUCUGCCUCAUCCUCUGAGAUCAUUUGGUUCUAGAGCAGAGGUUAUCUACAUAUCAAAGCAAGGUAUCGCCAAGCUCAAGAAACAAAUGCUUUGAAUUUACUCUAAGGGAAAGCUUUUCUCCUCGCACACGAAACACGGGAAAUUUACUGCAGUUGCUCUGCAGCUCUGUCUUGGCCACUUCACCAGGUGUGAUAUAUCCCCAGGCGGGGGGAAAUCUCACAAGGAAGAGAGUUAGCGGUGUACCUUUGUUCCUGAUCCUGUAAUUUGUAACUUCAAUGUGUCACUCCGGUUCAGGAGAGAGGUUAUAAGGAACAUUUCACGUAUAUGAACAGCAGCAACCAUCUUUUUUUCUCUACACCUUCCCUGGGGACAUCUAGAGAAAGAUGCUGUGCUGUCACCAGGCACUCAGAGAAUUCAUGCCCCCUGAUAUCACAUGAUGGUGCUUCUUCUUUGAGUAAAUAUAAGCGGGGAGACUCAGAGGCCUGUGGUUGCUGUUCUGGUCCUGAAAUGUCUGGCUUAGUGCAGAAGAAGAAUCUUUCCCUGCUGUGCCUCCCUGUCUGCAGCUCUCUUCCUCUCUCUCAAUUCCUUUCUGUGGAUUUGUGGAAUUGUGGAUUUGAACAGACUCAUAUUGUGUUUCUUUUCACCAGGUAUGAGAAAAGAGAGACGUUGGUGAAUCCACUGGCUUUCCCUCCAGAGCUGAAGGGGAGAAUCUCAGAAUUCUGUGAUAUAAAUCCCCUCCUGGAGGAUGUCAUGAAGCAAUUCAAAGGUAAUGAAAAAUGGCGCCAAGGGUUUUAUAUUGGGCAUAUAUUACAGGCAACAACUAAUUUACGUGGGACCGUGACCACGUGCAUCACCGCAACCCGGAAGUGACCGGAAAAGGGGCAGGGGUCAAGAACGUAACCCCUGUGCAAAACGGUCAUUGCCUAUAGUCCAAAGCUGUUUUGUAUUUUGUUCUCAUCACAGACAUGGGUACCACCAGGAUACCUUCCUUCUUGGUGGUGCAGCCAUUAUUUUAUUUCCCCCAAUCCUUCCUCAUCAAACCAAAUCAAAUCAAAUCAAAUUUCCAAUCCUUCCUCAUCAAACUUCGCUUCUCCUUAUGUUUCACCAUUUUGGCUUUAAUGAUUCCCCCCACCACUUUACUUGGGUAAAAUGUUAAGGCUGUCUCCAUCUCCCCUCUGUAUCCUUUUAUGGGGUUCCUAUUGCUCUGCCCCCCCCUUCCAGUCCUCCAAUGUAGAGCCCAAUUUCAGUGACAAAGUUCAGAGACUAGCAGGAUUCAUGCUGAAUAUUUUUGUUCUGUUAUUUGUAAGCUUGUGUUAUGUUUGCUAAGUUUUAAAGCUUUAGUUAUUUCCAUAGAUUCUUUCUAUGGUUUUCUUGUUUACAAUUAUUUUUUUCUACUAGUUUAUCUUUUCCUUAAAUUAUAAUAAUGCUACAUUAUGAAGCAUUAUUUUUGUAUGGAGAUUUAUUUCAGGUGGAAGAGAGUCGCCCUUACACUUAUAUCUUUUUGCUUCCUCAGAUGCUCUGUUAUUCAGAGAACAGCUUCAAGAAGGUAAAUUUCCAGGGAAGGAACAGGAGGAAUGGGGGACUGGUGUUUCAUGGGUGUUGAACAGUCUGUUCUUAGACUUUGGAACCAUCAGCAAUAGUGUCAACAUGUCUAAAAUUUCUGGCUUUAAAUAGCCUUUUCCCACCUGUUUAUUUCUGGCAGAUGUUCACCUUUUAAAAGAUGGAAAUUGCACUGCCAUCCAGUAUAGAUACCCAUUUCAUUCAUGGAUUCUGAAUAAUUUCAUUCUGCCAUUUUCCAGUAUGGUUUACCAUUUUUGAUUUUCACAUAGAAUCAGAAUAGUUUUAAUUCAACUAGUUCAACCUCCUGCAGUGCAGCUAGACAAGUUGGCUGUUUGAAUUUCUUAGUCAUACAGUUUUCUCAUUAGUAAUUUGUUCUAUGAUUUAAUCUUUUGCUUGAAAUAAGGAAACAACGGAUGAUAAGUUAUGAAGCAUUGUUUUGUAAUGUUUUUUUUAAUUUUUAUUUUAGAUAUAGCUGUGUAGCCCUUAAACAUUAUAUCUUUUUGCUUCCUCAGAGGUUCUGUCAUUCGGAAAACCUCAGAAAGGUAAAUUUCACAUGGAGUCCCAAAUUCAUGGGGUGGUGGUGGUGUUUCGAGGGGUGAAAGUGUCUGUGCUGCAGAAAUAUGUGGGUUAUGAGUUCUUUGUGGUGCAAGUGGACAUUAUUGUCUUGGAAGAUGUUUAGUAGGGCCAAUUCUGGGGUGAUUUCUAAUACUUGCUUAGUUAUUUUACAUAUUUCUUGUAUGGCUGUUGUCCAGAAUAGUUGGAUUUUGGGGCACUCCCACCACAUAUGGAGGUAUGUGCCUGUGGAGGUGCACCCUCUCCAGCAUUUUGGUGUGGUUCCUGGGCGUAUUAGCGCUAGUUUUCUUGGUGUUAGGUACCACCUGUAGGUGAGUUUCAUUCAGAGUGAGUUCUUUUCGUUGGUCUUUACCGUGUUGACUGAAUAAAUCAUACAUAAUAACUUUCUUGUUUCUUUCCUGCCUCUUAGUGCCAACAGGGUGAGGGGGAGAGAAUUCCUCAAGCUUGACACCCCCAAGAUUCAGAGGCAGCCUUGUAAAUAGCCACAUUCCCUGUUAGAGCCUCUUAUAGCCGAAUCUUCCCCCGAUGUCAGGACUCAGGAAUUGUAGAUAUCUUGGUUCAAUCUUAUUUUGCGGAACAAACCAUUAAAUAUGUUGUUAUUAUAAUUUAUUAAAUUUGUAUGCCACCUUUCAUCUGUAGAUCUCAGGACUGUUCACAACAUUAAAAAUAUAAAGGUAGAAAAUACAGGAUAAAAACAAGAACAGAAAUCAAUAACACCCCACCCCACCCCACCCCACCCCAAACACAUUUAAAAGGGUAUCUGAUGUUGAGAAUUGGAUUGGUGGCGAAGUGACACCGUGUGGUGAGAAUAGAAACACCAGGGAAAUUACAUUUGUUCAUUUGCUCCUCUUCUCAGAAACAAAGGAAUACAAUUUUGUCUCCCUCACUGAGAGGGAACCCUUGAGGCAGCAUUAGUUCUGCCUCCAGCUGAGGCAGAAUUGGGUCCACAUUGACACUCUCCCCAGUUCUAACCAUAUUGAGGGCAUUAAAGGGUCCAUGACUGUUCUCUGCCCAUCUAAACUGGCUGUCCUCAUUCGCCAUCCCCUGGGAGCCCUAAAUAGCCAAUUCACACAAGAGUGUGUCAGAGGACGGCAGUUUCCCUUCUCUUCUAACCUCUCCCUCUCCUUGGCUGACACAGCAGAGCUGAAAUAAAAAAAAUAAUGGGGGUUUUUACUCGGAAGAUUUGUGAAUUGACAGGAAUGUCACAAUAUAGGAAGUAUAUUGAAUAUAAAAAUAACAAGGAUGCUUUUUAUUCGAAGUUUAUUCUGAUGAGAGUCUGGAAGAAGGAGAGGAGGGUCCUAACCCUAAACGCAAUGCAAAUAAGUCCUGUUUUUAUGAGAGGGAAUCUGGUUCCUGGGCUGUUUCUUGGAUCAGGAUGUCCGUCUCCUGACUCUCGGCUGAUUCUGCCUCUCUUCUCUUUCCCUCAUCUUCCCCCCAACAGCAAAUGUCACUCUGGAUCCAGACACAGCCUAUCUCAGGCUCAUCCUGUCCGAGGAUCGGAAAAGUGUGAGACUGGGAGAUAAAAGGCAAGCCCUGCCCGACAGUCCUGAGAGAUUCAACAAUUGUACUUCUGUGUUGGGACGUGAGGGAUUCACAGCAGGCAGACAUUUCUGGGAGGUCACUGUGGGAAGCGAGGGAUGGUGGACUGUGGGGGUUGCCAGGAAGUCUGUGAAGAGAAGGAGCUUUCUUCCCUUCAGUCCUGAGGGAGGAAUCUGGGCUGUGGAGAAGUCUGAAAGCAAGUACUGGGCCUGCACCUCCCCUGAUGACCCUCCUCUGUCCCUGAGUGGGGACCUCAAGAGGAUCCGAGUGACUCUGGACUAUGAAGGGGGACGUGUGUCAUUUUUUGACGCUGACUCAGGAGCCGAACUCUAUACAUUCUCAGGAGCCUCGUUCUCUGGAGAGACCCUCCUCCCUUUCUUUUGUCUGGGUGGAGGUAAAACACAGCUCAGUAUCUCCUGAAGACACUAUAUUUGCCCCACAGGCCCAGCAGAAGUUUCUCUCCUGACCAGAAUGACUGCUAUAAAACCAGCAUUUCCCUCUCAAGUGCAUUUUUUGGCAGCUUUUCUGGGACCCUUUGAGAGGAUUCGUUCUAGUCACAAUCGGCACAAGCAACAAAACAAACAAAAAUUGCUGCUUUUCCCUUCCCUUUCCCAGAAUUUCCUCUGCAGCGGAGUUUUUUAAGAAAAAGAAACACCUGAACAUUCCCAAUAAAUAAUCUUUUCCCUCAAAAGCCUCCAUAUCACGA